UCGGAUACACGCCGUAGCUGCUCGCCCGCACUGCAGAUUAACUCUUAACGUGCCGGCAGAUGCAGCAGCGAGAACAUGGAAAGGACUGGCCAGAGCGUCUCCUGACUGAAGCUCACGUAACAACUCUUCAGCUAAUGAUCACUCUCUCUGGGGACGCCUCCUAAACUCAGCUCAUUCCUUAAUUUGCUGCAGAGUGUGGGGACUAAGGCCUAGCACUGCAGAGACAGAGUAAAAUACAGGGGCGCAACCAGAAGAGGCUGAGGCAGGAGUGUGCUUCUGAAAAUUGUCUGUUCUUCUAAAAGACAAGAGCUGUCUUAAGACCACGCCUUAUGACCCUCUUCUUUCCCACACAUGGUGACAAAGACUGAAGUCGGCCACACAUUUCUUUGUGUGUGUGCCUGUGUGUGGGUGUGUCAGAUUGGGUUGAGGAGUAUUUAACUACAACCAGGAGCAGUUGGCUUCCCAACCAGCACAGAGGGGCAUUGUAGUGUGUGUGCUUUGUGUUCCGGAUGCAGAACAUCCUUGAUCAAAACUUAGACAUGGCCACAGCUCUACUCGCCGGCGAGAAGCUAAAGGAGCUCAUCCUGCCGGGUUCCUCACAGGAUGAGAAGGGCGGGGCGCUGGCCAGCCUCAUGGUGCAGCUCAAGCUGGAACUGCCCUUUGAUCGUGUUGUUACUAUAGGGACGGUCAUCAUCCCCAUCCUGCUGGUCACCCUCGUCUUCACUAGGAACUUUGCUGAGGAGCCCAUAUACUGUUACACACCGCACAACUUCACAAGAGACCAGGCAUUGUAUGCAAGAGGCUACUGCUGGACAGAGCUGCGUGAUGCUGUACCUGGUCCUCAUCUCUGGCCUUCGCUAUUUGAGCACAAGUUCCUGCCCUACGCGCUGCUGGCCUUCGCUGGAAUCAUGUACCUUCCUGCUUUGGGCUGGGAGUUCCUUGCCUCUACACGGCUCACUUCAGAGCUCAAUUUCCUGCUUCAAGAGAUUGAUAACUGCUAUCAUCGAGCUGCUGAGGGCCGAGCCCCAAAGAUUGAGAAGCAGAUCCAAUCCAAAGGACCUGGCAUAACUGAGCGAGAGAGGAGGGAGAUUAUAGAGAAUGCAGAGAAGGAGAAGAGCCCUGAGCAGAACCUGUUUGAGAAAUACUUAGAGAGGCGAGGCCAGAGUAAUUUUCUGGCCAAAAUUUACCUGGCACGGCACCUGGCUAUUAUCUGCCUCAGUUCCAUCCCCAUUUCCUACCUGAGCGCCUACUAUUCUCGCCAAAGACAGAAUGAGUUUACCUGUGCACUGGGUGAGCCCCCAGACAUUAGCAGCUAUCCAGAGCUUAGGCUCAGGGUUAACUGUAAGCUGCCUGCUGUGCAGCUGCAGCGCAUCAUGGCAACAGUAGAUAUAGCUUUGCUGUGCACCAUGAACCUCAUUAUCCUGGUUAAUUUGCUGCAUUUAUUUGUGGUGCGCAAGUCCAACUUUGUUUUUGACAAACUGCAUAAAGUUGGUAUUAAAACACGGCGACGAUGGCAGAAGUCUCAGUUCUGUGAUAUCAACAUCCUGGCCAUGUUCUGCAAUGAGAACAGGGACCACAUCAAGUCGCUCAACCGGUUGGACUUUAUCACUAAUGAGAGUGACCUCAUGUAUGACAAUGUGGUCAGGCAGCUGUUGGCUGCGCUUGCACAGUCCAACCAUGAUAUUACACCAACUGUGAGGGACUCUGGGAUACAAACAUUAGAUCCCAAUAUGGACCCCUCUGAUCUCAGAGUGGGAGAGAUGGGUGGGGAACCGCUGGUCAUAAAACGGCCCCGCAAGAAGAUUAAAUGGAUCCCAAGCUCAAAUCCUCUUCCUCAGCCAUUCAAGGAGCCCCCCACCCUGGCACGCAUGGAAAAUAGCACAAAGCCUGAAAAACCCAAACCGCUCAGGCGAAAGACAGUGGCAGAUAGCUUCAUUGCACCACUUCUAGAUAGCAAGAGCGCACAACAUCCUGCAACAAAAGAUCUAAGCGGGAUGGAGAAAAAGCACAAUCGUAACUUCUCUCUAGAUGUCCACCCAUACAUGCUUACCAUUCGUAAGCCCAAGGUAGAAGCAACAACCACAGGACCUCUACCUUCAGAGCACAACAUGGAUACAGUGUACCUUGAAGGCACACACACUAUUGUUCAUGUGUCUGGUGCAAUUACAGAGACUAAAGUUUGCUCUCCAGAAUCGACCAACACUGCCUUUUCUACAGUGACCCUGCCCACCACUACAUAUGUAAAUGGUGUGAGCCCAAACCCACCGUCUAGUGAGGAUGCUCUCAGUCCCAAGUCCUCCCCUCUUCCAACGGAGCCUCUCACCCAGGCAGAAAACCCUGUGUCUCAGCCACCACCCUUGACCAGAGUCCCCACACAUCAGUUGCUGAAUAUACAUCAUUCUCUUUUUGAGGAAGAGGAAGAUGAAGAAAACCGCAGGGACAGACUGGCAGAGAGACCAGGGGAGCUCAUCGCUGCUGGAGAAUGUUGAAGAAGGGGGAUGUUGAUGGAUAUUUGUGUCCUCGACACUCCACUGUACCCACAUGACCACAUUGUCAGUCACAACAUAUCCACAGCCCCUCCCACUCUUUCAAUCUCACACCUCUCUGAUGAGUGGAUUGGGCUGCCUGAUGAGCAGAAAUGGAAAAUUACAUGAAAAAAUCUAGUUGUUAAAAAAAUUAAGAUAAAUAUGACAGAAAUGGGUGCAUUUGAUGGUGUUGACCAGAGUAUUGCUGUAGGAAAUGAUGUCACAUACAUGUCUCAGGAUGACUGUUCACCCUCUAAUGAAACCAGCAUUGAUAAUUCAACAGGGUGCUAUAGCGCAGGGUCAAACAGCUAUAUCGAGAAGAUGUAAAGAGAUGCUGUGCGGUGAUGAGUGAAACAUGAGCUUUUUUUUAAAUAAUGACAUACACCUUCAAAAUCUGCAAAGAGGGCUGCAUUAUGGCUCCAAACAAAAUGUAUUUAAACAUAUAUAAUAAUGCUUAGUCCCUUUAUAUGAAUAGCCAAGUAGAAAGGUAGCUCACACAGUACAGUUGUUGAGAUCCGCACAAUUAAUAUGCAAAACAUCACAAUAUAUUUGUGGCAAUAAUGUAUGCGCUUACAACAUCAUAUUUCACAGAAAGCUAUAAAUGUAUAAACACUGUAAUGUACAUGACUCAGUGUUUGUGGUGUGUUUAAAAUAUAACACACAUUACAUAGCUUUAUCCAUGCCAUUUCACCACUGAUUAGGAAAUUGCAUCAGAUCUGGGCUCCGCUAUAUUUCCACGAUAUUAAUAAUAAGUAAAUUGGCAUUCUUUAUUAAAAAAAAAAACAGUAGAUCCUACAAUGAGAGUGCAGCUUUGUAAAACAACAUGAAACUUAUAAUGCUGCUCAGAAAACCUGUCAGUUGUGUCUAAUAGCUAGCCGAUAUAAUUUGAAAUCUACCAAAAGGGCAGAUCAAUGGAGCUGGACCCAAGGUAUAGUAUAUGACCCUGUGUUCAGCUGGCUUAUUUUUGUGGUAGUGCUGUGGUGUGGAGUGAAAGAAGUGAUGAGUAGAUGUUGACCUGUUCCACAUUUGAUGGCUAUAAGAAUUUGAUUAUUUGCUGCUCUGACACAACCUAAAUUUCUUUCUGUCUCAGAUUGUGCUAAUAUGAUCAGCAAAAACACGUGAUGGAAUAAAUAGUUACAAUAGUUGGUUUGUUAUUUGUAGUUAAACCAAGUAAGGUUUAGUAUGUAAACACUUUUUAUAGCGAGUAAGUCAGUGGACAAGGGAAUGGGUUUGGGUUCCUACCAUAACUUCUCCAUUUCUUGCAGCUGCAUACAUCAUUACAAGAACUGUCCGCACUGACUAACAUACCAGCAUGACAUUCACUGUACAAGACUUUAGUUCUUUUAUCAGGGGUCUACCUACAGUACAGGUGGACCUAUACUUACUAUAGCCUACUUGUCCUUUCUUUCUGGGCAUUAAAGUAAACAGUUCAAGACUUGUGAUGGGAGACAGCUGACACAUUGUCAUGACACAGGUUGGCUCAAAAUUCACUUUGUUAGACUACUCAAGCACAUAAAAUGCAUCCAAAAGCACUUUAAGGCUAGUAGCGUGAGUGUGUGUGAAAGCAUAUUAGCUAUAUGUUGUAACACAACUCUGCUUUUAGACCUGGUUUUCUGUAUUUUCACAGACAGUCACAUAGAUUAGCUCUGAUAGUUUUUUAUGUUAGUCAAAAUGUGAAUAAGAGAGUCUAGACAUUGAUUGUAAUGUGUAC